GUUAUUGUGAUUUCUGUACGGAAGUAACCCAACAUUCAAUCCUUUUCUUUUUCUUCUUGUCCUCCAUCUCAAGUCAUCGCUUCCUCAUUUUUCCCAGAAACCAGUUCUGGUUGAGCCGCACGAACAUCAAAUAUCUCCUUGAACUGAUCCUCUGUUUCCGCUUCAUGGGCUAGUUUUCUCAGGCAUCGUGCGAAAAGACAGACUAUGAUCAAAUCCAAAAGCUUUCUUCAAAGUAUUAUGAAACAUCUCAAAUUCGGUUCAAGGAAAGAGAGACAGAACGAAGACGACAUUCAGAGGAUUGCCGCCAAGGAGCAGAAGGUGUUUUCCUACGAAACGUUAGUUUCGGCAACGAAGAAUUUCAAUCCUAAUCACAAGCUGGGCGAGGGAGGAUUCGGACCAGUUUACAAGGGGAAGCUCGAAGAUGGAAGAGAGAUCGCAGUGAAGAAGCUAUCAGUGAGAUCGAAUCAGGGGAAGAAGGAGUUCGUAAACGAGGCGAAAUUGUUGGCGCGUGUGCAGCACCGCAAUGUUGUGAAUCUGUUGGGCUAUUGUGUAUUUGGCUCCGAGAAGCUUCUCGUGUAUGAAUAUGUUCCUCAUGAGAGCCUUGACAAAAUUCUCUUCAGAUCAGAUAGGAGAAAAGAGCUUGACUGGCAAAAGAGGUUUGCAAUAAUAGCAGGAAUAGCUAGAGGAUUGCUUUAUCUUCACGAAGAUGCACACGACUGUAUAAUUCACAGAGACAUAAAAGCUAGCAAUAUUCUGCUCGAUGGUAAAUGGAAUCCCAAGAUCGCAGAUUUCGGCAUGGCUCGUCUCUUCCCUGAAGAUGAAACCCAUGUUAAAACCCGUGCAGCUGGAACCAAUGGAUAUAUGGCUCCAGAAUACAUGAUGUACGGGAAUUUAUCAACAAAAGCAGACGUAUUUAGUUUUGGAGUUCUGAUAUUGGAGAUCAUUAGUGGUCAACGAAACCUAUCAUUUAACUUGGAUCUGGAUUCACAGAACCUUGUCGACUGGGUAUACAAGCUUUACAAAAAAGGACGAAGCUUAGAAAUUAUGGACACUGCAAUAGCAGCUUCAGCAGUGCCUGAACAAGUGGCAAUGUGUAUUCAACUAGGCUUGCUAUGUAUUCAAGGUGACCCCAAAGACCGGCCUCCCAUGAACCGGGUCAUGGUGGUGUUGUCGAAAAAGCCGGGCCACUUGGAAGAACCGAAGAGACCCGGUGUGCCGGGUUCAAGAUACCGAAAGCAUCAUAAUCCUUAUGCAUUGUCUUCCACAAUGGGUAGUAGUUCUGGUGGAUUUGGUUCACAUUCUGGUGUUUCGAGCAAUCCUUACAAUACAAGGUCAACGGCAACGGCGACCACAGCCGCCACAGCCGCAACCACAACCACCUCUACUUCUAGAGAAUUAGACCCUCGUGGAAAACGUGUAAUUGAGGAGGGUUAGGCUCGUAUUCUCUUGUUACUUGCUCAUUCAUUUUGUAGAAAGCUAUGUAAAUGUUAGAUUUCUUUUCUUUUUUUUUCCCCCUCACCCUUAGGCCAUCGAGAAUGGAUGGUGAGAAUUGAGCUCAAUGGCUGUCAAUUUUGUUUGUUUUCCCUUGCAAGAAUCAACCAUUGAAUCCAUUUUUUGUAGUACACGAACAAUGGAGAAAAUUUACAGGUCAGGUCUUAAUGGGAUUCAUGCAUAUACAACUUGGAUGA